UUCCGGUCGUUUUCGCUGGCUUUUCUAUGCGCAUGUGCGGUACCUCACACGUGUGGUAAACGUCCAGACUGACUGCAUGCGACUGAUCUAAGGGAGUUCAUAGAUCAGCAAAAUAUACAACUUAGAUACAAACCUUUAUUGAUCUCUUUACCCUUUCCGAUUUAGGGGAAAUCAAAUAGUCCUCCGUGAAGCAUUUCGCCGAGAGGGCCGGAUAAAAAGGAAAAACAUUGACCAUGACUGAACCUCAAGUGAACCCGAAGGCCUACCCCCUGGCCGACGCCACGCUGACCAAAACCAUCCUGGACCUGGUGCAGCAAGCCUCAAACUACAAACAGUUGAGAAAGGGGGCUAAUGAAGCCACCAAAACCCUGAACAGAGGCAUCUCUGAGUUCAUUGUGAUGGCUGCUGAUGCUGAACCACUGGAGAUCAUCCUCCACCUGCCUCUCCUCUGUGAGGACAAGAAUGUGCCGUACGUGUUUGUACGCUCUAAGCAGGCCCUGGGCAGAGCCUGUGGGGUUUCGCGCCCCGUCAUUGCUACCUCAGUCACCAUAAAGGAGGGGUCUCAGCUCAAACCGCAGAUUCAGUCUGUUCAGAUGGCCAUUGAGAGACUGCUUGUGUAAAUGAUGUUGCACUGAUGUGAAAAUAAUCUCCUUGGAUAAAAGGGGGACAAAUUCCAGUUUGAAAAUAUUCUUGUCUCUUGUUUGAUGGAAAAAAAAGCUGUUAUGCACGACAAGAAAAAUAGAUUUUGUUUUUUACAUUUUAGGAUAACAAGUCCACUUCAGUGUAUCAGUUUGCUACGGCAUGUUCUGAUUCAUAAUAAAAACAUUUUUUAUUUAAA